AGUAUCCAUCUCUCUCUGUUCGUCUCAAAAAUCUUUAAAUUCAAACAUUCACUCCCUUCAACUUGUGCAUGCAGUUCUCCUCCAGAUUCCAUGAUGAUGAGCAAUUAUGGAGGCCGACGACUACUAGUGGUCGACUGUUGCUAUUGCCAGACCCAAAUCCCGCUACCUUCUGUGAGUCCGAUAUCCGUCCGCUGCCGCCGCUGCUAUGCCAGUACCCGCGUCGCCUCUCCGGGCUUCCCCCGCUCCCCCUAUAGUGCUGUACCCUACUAUGUCCUUAUAAACCCACCACCACACGCCGGCUUCCCCUACAGAUCACCAGGACCUCCGCCGAACGUGCACAGGCCGAAGAAGGCCGUGAUCUGCGGAAUAUCGUAUAGAUACUCGAGCCAUGAGCUCAAGGGUGCCACCAAUGACGCCAUACGCAUGAGGCAUCUCCUCAUCAGCAAAUUCAAGUUUCCAGAAGAUUCCAUUGUCAUGCUCACUGAGGAAGAAACUGACCCAUAUAAGAUUCCAUAUAAAAGCAAUAUUAAAGGGGCGUUACGUUGGCUUGUACAAGGAUGUCAACCGGGUGACUCUCUUCUGUUUUACUUCUCUGGUCAUGGUUCACAGCUGAGCGAGCAGUAUCGUGGUGAUGAACUUGAUGGAUAUGAUGAAACCCUUUGUCCCCUUGACGUCGAAACCCAGGGUAUGAUUCGUGAUGAUUGGAUAAAUGCAACAAUUGUUAGGCCCAUUCCAUAUCGGGUCAAGCUUCAUGCAAUUAUAGAUUCUUGUAAUAGUGGCACCAUGCUGGAUUUGCCAUGGGUUUGCAGAAUGGACUGGGGUGGAAACUAUACAUGGGACAAGGCAUCAGGCGUAUGGAAAGGAACAAGUGGUGGAGAAGUUAUAUGUAUCAGUGGUUGUGAUGACCAUCAAACCUCUGCGGAAACACAAUCAAUCCCAGCAACAGGUGUCAUGACUUCCUGCUUCAUCCAAGCAAUCAAGAGUGGACAGGCAGCCACAUAUGGGAGCUUACUCUAUUUUAUGCGUAAUACCAUUCGAAGUGGUGGUGGUGGUGGUGCUGUUACAUCUCUUGCCGGCAUGCUUCUAGCAGGCGGAAGUGUUGGUGGUGGUGGGCUGAGACAGGAGCCUCAAUUAACUGCCAGCGACCCAUUCGAUGUGUACACGAAACCUUUUGCCCUAUGAUCUUUUAUCUGUCUACACAGAUCAACACUUCAUCAUAUCUCUAAAUAUGUAUGUUGGGCUUUAGAUAUUUAUGUUUGCUAUCGAUAGGAUUACUCUCGUUUGUACUGCUCCCUACCUUUGGUAUGACUGUCCUCUGUUCCUAAGCUGUUUUUGUUGAAACAGGAUAUGCAUCUGAAAUCCCCAGUAUAUGAAAUUG